AUGCUCAAGUUCGAAGAGGUCCAGAAGCACAACAACAAGGACUCGUGCUGGGUCAUCGUCCACGGCAACGCCUACGACGUCACCGAGUUCCUUCCCGAACACCCCGGUGGAGCCGGCAUCAUUCUCAAGUAUGCCGGCAAGGAUGCCACCGAAGAGUACGACCCCAUCCACCCGCCCGGAACCCUCGAGGAGAACCUGCCCAAGGAAAAGUGCCUCGGCCCCGUAGACCCUUCCACCAUCCAGAAGGAGGAAAAGGUCGAGAAGAAGCGGCUCGCUCCUCAAGACGACGGUGGCGUGCCUCCCCUCUCGCAAUGCCUCAACUUGUACGAUUUCGAGGUGAUCGCCAAGCGCGUGCUCAAGCCCACCGCCUGGGCUUACUACUCGUCGGGUGCCGAUGACGAGGUCACCAUGCGAGAAAACACCUCUGCGUUCGGUCGAAUCUGGUUCCGCCCUCGCAUCCUUCGCGACGUCAGCCACGUCGACUACUCCACCUCCCUGCUCGGUCAGAAAUCCACCCUUCCCGUAUACAUCACCGCCACCGCUCUCGGAAAGCUCGGUCACCCGGAUGGCGAGAAGAACCUCACCGUCGCUGCCGGCAAGGAGGGCAUCAUCCAGAUGAUCCCCACCCUCGCCUCGUGUUCCUUCGACGAGAUCGUCGGCGCGCGCGUCAACGACACCCAGGUGCAGUUCAUGCAGCUCUACGUCAACUCGAACCGCAAGAUUACCGAAAAGAUCAUCCAAAAGGCCGAAGACGCCGGCGUCAAGGGUCUCUUUGUCACCGUCGAUGCACCGCAGCUCGGACGACGCGAGAAGGACAUGAGGAUGAAGUUCGACGACGUCGGCUCGGACCACCAGAACCAGAACAAGGACAAUGUCGAUCGAAGCCAGGGCGCCGCCCGCGCCAUCUCGUCAUUCAUCGACCCAUCGCUCAGCUGGGACGACCUCACCUGGUUGCGAUCCGUCACCAAGAUGCCCAUCGUGCUCAAGGGUGUUCAGACCUGGGAGGACGCCGUACGUGCCGCCGAGCUCGGCCUCUCGGGCGUCGUCCUCUCCAACCACGGCGGUCGACAGCUCGACUUUGCGCGCUCCGGCAUCGAGGUGCUCGGCGAGGUCGUCGACGCGCUGCGCGCGCGCAACCUGUUCCCCAACCCCAUGUUCCAGAUCUUUGUCGACGGCGGCAUCCGUCGCGCCUCCGACGUGCUCAAGGCUGUCGCCAUGGGCGCUACCGCGGUGGGCAUCGGUCGACCGUUCCUGUACGCCUACUCGGCGUACGGCAGCGACGGUGUGGUCCACGCCAUCCAGCUGCUCAAGGCCGAGAUGGAGAUGAACAUGCGAUUGUUGGGUGCACCGACGUUGAAGGACGUCGUGCCGGAGAUGGUGGAUGCGAGGGCGUUGGGGACGCAUGUUAACUUCACGCCGAUUAGUCAUGGUCAUCAGAUUUAUGAGAAGUUGUCGACGGCGGUGGGUAUGCCGAAUGAGCCGACGAACAAGUUGUAA